AUGAAGUCCUUCAACCAUCUCGUUCUGGCCUCCAUCCUCCUCGGAGCGACCAAUUCAGUCGCGGCACAGUGCUCUUCCGACAACACAGACGACACCCAAGACCAAGAGAGUCUGUGUAGCUCGUUCUGUACCGUGAUGACACAAUGCAAGACGCAAUGUCUGGAGAAACCUUCGGCGCAAUACACCGACUGUUUCUGCCAGGACGGCAUUAAUCCCGCGGAUGACUGCUACGUCUAUGCCAAUACGACCUACGACGCUACCGAACCUUUCCCAUCUUCGAUCGAGUCGUUCUUGCAGCAGAUCCCAUUACCCACCGGCAUCACGUUUGCUUCUGGCUCCUCCGACGACUGCGACAGUUCCCCGGCUUCGGCGACUGCGACUGCGUCUGCGUCUGAUUCCGCUUCCUCCUCCGCCGCCACCGGCACCGGUAGCGCUUCUUCGUCCAAGUCGUCAGCUGGAUCGACAGACGCGACGGGCACGAGCACAAAUACCGCAAGCCAGACAAGCAGCACGGCCAAGUCCAACUCUGCCGCGGGCGUCUCUACCAAGAUGACAAAGGCCGCUGUGGCUAUGGCUAUGUUCGCUGCCUCUGCCGCACUGGUUCUGGUAUAA